AUGGCGCCCAAUCCAAACCCAUCGCCUCAACAGCCUCCGCACUACACGCCAGGCUCCAUGAACUUCUGGGACUUUGUCGGCGGAUUCAACCCCGCCCACCAGCAGCCCGGCAUGGGCACCGACCACGCUCCUCCCCCUCCUCCUCCUCCUCCUCCCCCCUUCCCGUUCCCCUUCCACGCCGGCCCUCAUGGUCCGGGACCCUGGUGGGCACCCUUCGGCGCCCCGAACCCCUGGGCCCCGGCCGGAGGCGAGGGAGGACCGCCCCGCCGCCACGGGAGACGCCACUGCGGCCGCCGCCGCUGCCACGGCGAAUGCGACUUGUCGCAGUCCUCGUCGCCGUCCUCUUCCGACGACGAAGGCGGCGCCACCGCCACCGCUGCUGCUGCCGCCGGGCCAUCGGCCGAGGGUGAAAAAGACGCCAACGUGGCUGGCGCCGAGGGCGACAAGGACGCGUCGCCCGAGACGGGAGAGAGGGGUGGUGGACGCCGUCGCCACCAUCGCCACCGUGGCCCGCCGCCCCCCGAUGGUGGACCUCACCGUCACCACCACCACCACCACCACCGUCGGCGCCAGGGCUCCAGGCCUGGGUUCAACGGCGAGGCUUGGAUGGCGACGCUGGCGUCGCAUCCGCUUGCCCAGCAGCUGCGGAAUUACAUUGCAUCGACCGUCGCCGGGCCCGGCGGGAUGGGUGACGCCCGUGCGGGUGCCGCCACCGCCGGUGCCGGUGGCGCUACUGGCCAAGAAUCUGGGACGCAGGAGAAUGCUGCUGUUGCUGCUGCUGCUGCGGCGGCGGCGACCGGCGAGAACGAAAACAAAAACAACACCGACGACGUGGACAUCUUUGCUCCCCCGGUCGACAUCUUCGAGGUCCGCGGGUCGGGCGACCCCAACACGGCGACGGCCAGCGCCUGGGUGGUGCACGUGGCCGUGCCGGGGGUCAAGAAGGAGGACGUCGGUGUGUCCUGGGAGGCCGAGCGCGGCGUGCUCAAUAUCUCGGGCGUCGUCCACCGGCCCGGCGACGAGGAGUUCCAGCGCGGGCUGGUGAGCGCCGAGCGGAGGGUCGGCUUGUUCACGCGAGACGUGAAGCUGCCCCCGCAGAACCGCCGGGAAGGUGCUGGAACCGGAACAAAGGAGGAAAUUGACGGUGAUGGGAUCACCGCGAGGCUAGAAGAUGGUGUGCUGGUGGUCACAGUGCCGAGCCACGAGAGAGAGUGGACCGAGGUCAGGAAGGUUGAUAUCAUGUAA